UGAAAAAUACAUGCGGUUUUUCAACUGUUGCUUUCGGGUGGUUUUUUUGUUAGUUUUUUUUCUUUCAUCUUCAAAUGUUUUAGCUGAUCUCGUAUCGUGUGAAUGCUUGUUCAUAUAUUCAAUGGUGCUUGUAUUGGUAACGAUGGUGUGUUGGUUGGUUUUCAGCUCUUCGCUGUAUUUUCGAUAUAAAUAUUGACGGUAGGUGCAGAAAAUUUUCAGAUCCACCGAGUACAUUGAUUCAAAAGCACGCGAACGUUCAAGUCCAAGACGAAUUUGGGAUUACGGAUUAUUUGUCCCUACGCCGAACACCAGUUGAAUUAUCGAUAUUGUGUUGUGUAUUUAAAACAAACGAAAAAUCAAGAUAAAUUUAAGAACAGUAAACAGUGUUAGAACUCCCAUAUACUGAAAUUGAAUCGUCAAAUAUGGAACUACGAGUUGUGCUGCUGGUGGCUUUAUUUAUACUUAUCAUAGCAAUUAGUACAUCAGAAGCUGGCUACCACAAAAAGAAAAUUAUCAUUCAUGUUCCAGUAAAAAAGUCGCAUCAUAAACAUACGCACACGCAAGUAAAAAAUAUUCAUCAUCAUCACAAGCCCAUUGUUAUAAAAGAAGAAAAAGUGAUCAAGGAAAUUGUCAAGAAACAACCGGUACCGAUUAAAGUUAAAGAGGAAAUUUCACAUGACCAUUUCCAUCAUCACUACAAGCACACACAUCCCGAGGAAGUCACAAAAGUAGUUAAAGGAACUAAAUGGCUAUCAGAGAGUACUGAAGGAGGUUUUGGAAGUACACGUUUUGGCAAUGGAAACAAUUUUGGCGGAAACAGCGGAAACAGCGGAUUCGGCGGAAAUGGAUUCAGCAGCAAUGGUUUUGGGGGUGGCAAUAACGGUUUUGGCAGCAGCGGCUUUGCUAGUAGCACAAGCUACAGCAGUACUAAUUUCGGAGCUAGCUCGGCAGGAAGUCAAAGUCAAGGGGGAAGCUUUGAAUAUAAUAACUUUCGGGGUGGACGAAAGGUUGCUACUGCUUCACAGGCAGCAACGCUAAGUGGAGAAGGAUUUUAAUCUCGUUUCAUUCGUAAGCUCCAGAGUUUCUUCUCUUUUCUCUUCCUAAGAGAAAGCGAUAAGUUUAUUUGUGCUCAUCCUCAAACGAUUUCAUAAUUUGUUUGUAUAUAGAUGUAAUACUCGAUGUUGUAAAAUGAUUUAAUGAGAAAUACAAAUAAAAUGGUUAAAAAAACACUUAACAUUAAGAAGAAAAUAGACAAUAUAUUUUAAGCCGAAUAGAGAUUUUUAUAAAUUAUGAACAAAAAAUUCAUUCAUUAAAAUUAGACGAUGUUACAGACAUGAACAGAU